GCCUACGUCGACAACCACUGUACCAACGUCGACAACACUGUGCCCACGUCGACCACACUGUGCCGACGUCGACAACCACAGUGCCUACAUCGACAACCACUGUGCCAACGUCGACAACCACUGUACCUACGUCGACAACACUGUGCCACGUCAACAACUACAGUGCCGACAUCGACAACCACAGUCCCAACAUCGACAACCACUGUGCCCACUUCAUCAACUACUCCUUCUGUACCAACUGCGGUUCCAACUACCACACGUCCUGCAUGCUGUCCGACGGCUGGACUUUGGAGUGAGUGGGCUACUAAUGAGCAAUGUGCCGACACCUGCGGUUCAUGCGCUCAGCUGACUUACCGUCGCAAAUGCCAGUCCGAAGAGGCUGGAUGCCCAUGCAUUGGAAGUGAUGUUAAAGUGGAGAACUGUAAUAUCAACACGUGCUACUUCCCACGUUUGUCCUGUUGCAGUCCUUAUACUUCCACAGUGAUUGAUGGAAAGCAUGCUGUGUCCACGAGGUAUGUUGUUCAGCAUUGGCCCUCAGCAAAUGCAAGGAUAAGACAUGUUUAUAAUUUUUCUUUUCAAGGCCGAACAUCGACCGAGCCUGAACCCGAUACAUCGUGUUGCCCAACAAAUGGAUUCUGGGCCGAGUGGGGUGAAUGGAGCGGUUGUACUGGAGCUGGUUGUUUCAAGGUGGAUCCACCAACAGUAACACCUCUACCCAAAUGUGAGAACGCAUCAUGUUGCGUGAUUGGAGGGGUUUGGACAGAAUGGUCCAGCGGAGGUGCUUGUUCAGACACUUGUGGAAACUGCGGUACACGACACGCACAAGAGGCUGCGUAUCGGAGCAGUUCGGAUUCCUUGGCUCGUCCUAGCACGAAACAGUCUGAAUGUGCAUCAAGCCCGUGCAUCUUCCCUCGUGCUUCGUGCUGUGCUAAUCGUACGGUUGAACUAGCUCCUGAUCAACAUUGGCAGUGUUCCAGAAAAGAUGACACCAGUCCACCACCAUCAGACACAUGCUGGACCUGUUGUCCGAGCUCUGGAGGCUAUUGGUCCGAAUGGACUGAGGGAGGAGCAUGUGGUGAUACCUGUGGUUCAUGCGCUCAAGUUACACAAUCACGAGUCUGUCUUACGGAGCAACAUAACUGCACUUGCAGGGGCCCUGCAACACGAACGAAGAACUGUAAUAUCGGUGUGUGCUACUUCCCAAGAGACUCUUGCUGUUCUCCGUACUCAUCAGCGAUCAUAGACGGAAAGCAUGCAUGCGGACCACAGCCAAACUACACAACACCUCUGGCACCGGUUGAUCCGUACUGUAAACAACCACAUGUUGUCCCGAUAACGGAAUCUGGUCAGAAUGGACACAAACACCUGAACAAUGUUCAGACUACUGUGGAUCAUGUGGAAAUGUUACCAAAACUAGAACUUGUUUGUCCGAAGCUGAUGGCUGCCCUUGCAACUACCACCAUAUCAACUCCCUGCAACACCGACGUGUGCUACUUCCCUCGUUUGUCGUGCUGUCCUGGAUUCACAUCGACCGUCAUCAAGGGACGGCAUUCGUGUGGCCCUGUGCCGGUCGUUCCCGAAGAACCAUACAUCAACACUUGUGGAGUAGACUGCUGCCCAUCGAAAGGGGAAGCCGUUGAAAAUCAAGUUUGCGGAACAGAUGUGUGUUUGUUCCCGAGAACGACGUGCUGUCCCGGCUUCACAAAGAAGGCAGAUGCCAAAACCAAAACGUUUUUCUGUGGACCACUCCCAGUGGUGCCUGCGUUCAAUCCCGAGCAGACCACUUGUUGCGAUCCAGAGAAGAAAGGGCUUUGGAACGAAUGGACAGAAUGGUCGACCUGUUCUGCUGAUUGCGGCCUCUGUGGUACUCAGGCGCGUAAUCGUACCUGUGCCUCAGCUCCAUACGGUUGUCCAUGCACGGGGAGCACUACCGAAUCGAGAGAUUGCGGACAGGCGGCUUGCACAACUGCUCCUGCAUGCUGUAAGGGCUAUCCGGCAGUAGGAUACGACGGCGCCAAAUUUUGUCAACCGGAACCGUGGAGCGUUCAAAUCAAAUCAAGCUUGUGGAUCUCCCGUCUGUACAUUCCCGAGAGCGACAUGCUGCGCUCCAUACGUGAAGAAGAUCGUGAACAA